AUGGCCCAGCUGGCCGGCACUAACACCAGGCUCUUCAGCCAUGGUCACGCCCAAGUGUACAGCCGAUCUGGCCUUGUUUGGCUGGUUUGGCUUCUUCUCUGGCACGGUCUCCUUGCGCAGGCCGCGACAGUGACGUACGACUUCAACAUCACAUGGGUCACGGCCAACCCGGAUGGCCUGGCCGAGCGGCCCACCAUCGGCAUCAACGGACAGUGGCCGAUCCCAACCGUCCGGGUCGACGUCGGCGACCGGCUCGUGGUCAACGUGCUCAACCUGCUGGGCAACCAGUCCACCUCGCUUCACUUCCACGGCCUCUUCAUGCAGAACGCCACGCACAUGGACGGUCCCGGCGGCGUGUCGCAAUGCCCCAUCCCGCCCGGGUCGCGGUUCACAUAUAACUUUACAAUUGACCAGCCGGGAACGUACUGGUACCAUUCGCACGUGCACGGCCAGUAUCCCGACGGCCUGCGCGGCCCGCUGAUCGUCAACGACCCCGGCUCGCCGUUCCGGCACCUGUACGACGAGGAGGUGGUCAUGUCGGUCUCGGACUGGUACCACGACCAGAUGCCGGGCCUGCUGCGCUGGUUCAUCAGCAAGGCCAACCCGACGGGCGCCGAGCCGGUGCCCAACUCGGCGCUGCUCAACGAGACCCAGAACCUGACGGUGGCCGUGCGGCCGGGCAGGACGUAUCUCUUCCGCGUGGCCAACAUCGGCGCCUUCGCCGGCCAGUACCUGUGGUUCGAGGGCCACAACAUGACCAUCGUCGAGGUCGACGGCGUCUACACGCACCCGGCCGAGGCGAGCAUGAUCUACCUCUCCGCUGCCCAGCGCUGCAGCUUCCUCAUCACGGCGAGGGACGAUACCUCGGUGAAUUUCCCGAUUGUGGCCAGCAUGGACACGGACCUCUUUGAUACGCUGCCGGGCGACUUGAACUGGAACGUGACCGGAUGGCUGGUCUACGAUUCUUCCAAGACCCUUCCCGAGCCGGCCGUCCUGUACGACCCCUUCGACCCCUUCGACGACUUCGGCCUCGUGCCUUGGGACAACCAGACCCUGCUUGGCGAGCCGGACCAAACCGUCGUCCUGGACGUGAUCAUGGACAACCUGGGCGACGGAGCCAACUACGCCUUCUUCAACAACAUCACCUACGUCUCGCCCAAGGUGCCGACGCUGUACACGGUGCUCAGCGCCGGCACGCUCGCGACCGACGCGACCGUGUACGGCAGCUACACGCACUCGGUCGUGCUGGCCAAGAAGGACCAGGUCGUCGACAUCGUCGUCAACAACCUCGACUCGGGCAAGCACCCCUUCCACCUGCACGGCCACGCCUUCCAGGUCGUGUGGCGCUCGGAGGACGACGCUGGCACCUUCCCGGUCGCCGACUCGAACGUCACCACCGAUUUCCCGAGGGUCCCCAUGAAGCGGGAUACUGUGGUGUUGAGGCCCGGCGGGAAUAUGGUGCUGCGGUUUAAGAGUGAUAAUCCUGGAGUCUGGCUCUUCCACUGCCACAUCGAAUGGCACGUCCAGUCCGGCCUGAUGGCCACCUUCAUCGAGGCGCCGCUCGAGAUCCAAAAGGCCCUCCCCGCCCUCCCCGCCGACCACCUGGCCGCCUGUGAGAAGGCGGGCAUGCCGACGGCGGGCAACGCCGCGGGGAAUACCGUCGACUUGCUCGACUUGUCCGGCCAGAACGCGCCGCCUGGGCCUUUGCCUUCCGGAUUCACGCCCCGCGGCAUCGUCGCACUGGUGUUCAGCUGUGUGAGCGGCAUCCUCGGCGUGGCGGUGGUCGCGUGGUAUUUCCAGGUUACCUAG